AUGGCGAUGGUUGUGCAAAAAGAAAGCGCUCGCUUCCAGGAAUACCAGAUCAUCGGGCGCCAUCUGCCCUCAGAGGCCAACCCAGCCCCCAAGAUCUACCGCAUGCGUAUUUUUGCGCCCAACGAGGUUGUCGCCAAGUCACGGUUCUGGUACUUCCUUGGUAAGCUCCGCAAGAUCAAGAAGGCCAACGGUGAGAUCGUCUCCGUCAACCAGAUCCACGAGAAGCGCCCCCAGAAGGUCAAGAACUUCGGUAUCUGGAUCAGGUACGACUCGCGCUCCGGUACCCACAACAUGUACAAGGAGUACCGUGAGAUGUCCCGUGUCGCCGCUGUCGAUGCUCUCUACCAGGAUAUGGCCGCCCGUCACCGAUCUCGUUUCAGGUCGGUACAGAUCCUCAAGGUUGUUGAGAUUGAGAAGACCGACGAUGUCCGCCGACCAUACAUCAAGCAGCUCCUCGUCAAGAACCUCAAGUUCCCCCUCCCCCACCGCAUCAACAAGAAGGCCGGCAAGAAGAUCUUCUCCUCCACCAGGCCAUCCACUUUCUUCUAA